AUGUUGUCCCUCAUCUGGACGGUUUUCUUCGUCCAUGUCGCUAUAUAUCUGAUCAAUACCAUCGGAGCCAGCACGAUCGACGGUCUGUUAUGGCUUCUGUAUCUGAAACUCCCGACGUCGACAUCGAAAUGCGCCCAGGAACAAACCCGGCUCAAACGCGAGGUCGUCCAACUAAAGCGAGAGAUGAACAACACGAGUUCGCAGGACGAGUUUGCAAAGUGGGCUAAGAUCCGCAGACGGCACGACAAGACAAUGGAAGAAUACGAGAAGAUCAGUACGAUUGCUCUCCUUCUCCUUAGAGAUACUGACAAGACCCUCAACGCGCAGAAAACGUCCUUCGACUGGAGCGUCAAAAUCGCCCGAUGGCUCAGCACGAACGGCCUCAAGAUCUUCCUGCAGUUCUGGUACUCGAAAACCCCCGUCUUCGCCCUCCCACAAGCCUGGUUCCCCUACUACGUCGAAUGGGUCCUAUCCUUCCCGCGGGCGCCCAUGGGAUCGGUGAGCAUCCAGGUCUGGAGCAACGUGUGUGCUACGGCGAUUUCGGUGCUCGCAGAGAUUGUCACUGCAGCUUUUAUGCAGAUGGCAAGCAGGACGGCUGUCCCGGUUGCAGCAGAGGAUAAAAAGGAGCUAUGA